AUGGGCUCCAUCAUCUGGGACGAUGAACACCAAUACAUAGGUAAACAGCCCUGGUGGAAAGCCGCAUCCUUCUAUCAAGUCUACCCAGCCAGCUUCAAAGACUCCAACAACGACGGCUGGGGCGAUUUACCUGGUCUCAUCUCCAAGCUCGAUUAUCUGCGCGAUCUUGGCAUCGACGUCGUAUGGGUAUCUCCCAUUUUCGAGAGUCCCCAGAAAGACAUGGGCUACGACGUCUCAGACUAUCAAAAAAUCUACGAACCCUACGGCAGUGUUGAAGAUGUCGAUAUUCUCGUCAAAGAAUGUCAUGCGCGAGGUCUCAAGAUUAUUCUCGACCUUGUUGUGAACCACACGUCGAUAGAGCACGAGUGGUUCAAAGAAUCGAGAUCUUCGAAGAAUAAUCCCAAGAGGGAUUGGUAUAUCUGGAAACCAGCACGGUAUGAUGAGAACGGCGUGAGAUAUCCUCCUACGAACUGGAGGGGAUAUUUUGCGUGCUCGACGUGGACUUGGGACGAGCACACGCAAGAAUACUAUCUUCAUCUUUAUGCGCCUGAUCAACCUGAUUUGAAUUGGGACAAUGAUGAGUGUCGAGAAGCGAUUUACGAAAAUACUAUGCGCUUUUGGCUUGAUCGCGGCGUUGAUGGGUUUCGCAUUGAUACCGUUAACAAAUACUCCAAGAGGCGAGACUUUGUCGACGCGCCUAUCACGGAUCCCUCGUCGCCUCAUCAGCCUGCGCCUGAAAUGUGGUGCAACGGACCGCGCAUUCAUGAGUUUAUCCAUGAAAUGUAUGAGAAAGUCCUUGGGCCUUAUAAUGCGGUUUCAGUGGGUGAGCUUUCAAACACGCCUAAUCCUUCACAAGUCAUUCCCUAUGUCUCAGCCGCUGCGAAAGAGUUGGACAUGGUGUUUGAGUUCUCCAUGAUCAGACUUGGUAAUGGCAAUGGGUUUGGUGACAAGUAUAUUUACGAACCGUUCCCGUUAUCGAAGCUCAAGGCGUUUGUGUAUAAGUGGCAGAGCUUUAUUGAGGGUACAGACGCGUGGGCGACAGCUUUCUGCGAGAAUCACGACAAUGGUCGUGCAGUGGAUCGCUUCGGUGACGCGUCAACACCAGAAUGGUGGUUAAAGUCAGCGAAGACUUUAGCUAUCUGGCAAACAACGCUCACGGGCACUUUAUUCCUAUACCAAGGACAAGAAAUUGGCAUGACCAACAUGCCCAAGUCAUGGGGAAUUGAAGAAUACAAGGAUAUCGAAAGCAGCAACUUUUACGCUGAAGCCGUCGCGUUAGGAGACGAGAAGCGCGUUAGAGACACCAUUCACGGUCUUCAAAUCAUGGCGCGUGAUCACUCGCGUAUUCCCUUCCAAUGGGACGAUUCACCCAACGCUGGCUUUGCCGACGCGUCUGCGAAGCCAUGGAUGAGAGUCCACGAUGACUAUCGCGAUAUCAACGUCGCCAAGCAGGUCAAAGACCCAAACUCCAUUCUCAGUUUCUACAAAGCCAUGCUGCGCCUUCGAAAAGAAUAUCAAGAUAUCUUUGUAUUUGGUUCUUUCAAACUUCUAGAUCCUGAAGAUGAAUCGCUGUUUUGUUACGUGAAAGAGAGUGUUGUACCUGUUAAGGGACGACGGGGUGAGAAGAGGAAGGCUGUUGUUGUGUUGAAUAUGAGUCGAGAGGAUAGACUUGGCCCAGAUGUUCCUACUGUCUUGGGAUGCUUGCAUGAGGAUGUGAGGUUGAUGGCAUAUACGAGGGAGACUGCGGGCGGAUUGAAAGUGGGACGGCCGAUGCUUGCGGGCUGGGAGAGUCGGGUUUAUGUUAACUUUGAGCUGGAAUAG